AAAUUGAGAAAGUGAAACUUAACUCAGGUCUUUGGGGCGAGGGAGCCAUGGCUGUUGCUGAGCGUCCCGUCCAGAAUCUUUGCGAUGAAGCCACUUGCUCCAUCUGCCUGGAAUAUUUUAAGGAUCCAGUGAUCAUCGCAGAGUGUGCGCACAAUUUCUGCCGAUCCUGCUUGAUCCAGUGCUGGGGAGAAUCGGAGGCAGAGGCUUCCUGCCCUCAGUGCAGAGAAAGAGUCCAGAGAAGGAGCCUCAUCCCCAACAGGCAAUUGGCUAAUGUGGUAGAAAUAGCCAAGAAUCUCAGCCUUCAAGAGGGAAAGCAGGAAGGAGGGAAAGGAAAAGUCUGUGUGAAGCACCAGGAGCUCCUGAAACUCUUCUGCAAAGUCCACGAAGCCCCCAUCUGCGUGGUGUGUGACAGAUCAAAGGAACAUGAAAAUCACGAGGUGAUUCCUCUGGAGGAGGCUUUUGAGGAAUACAAGGGAGACAUCUGUCACCACCAGAAGAUUCUGAGGAAAGAGAGAGAGGAAAUCCUGGCCUAUCAAGCAAACCUGGACAAGGAAAGCAAAGAACUCCUUAAAUUAACAGAAACGGAGAGGUUGAAGACUGUGGAGAAGUUCAGAGAACUGCGCCAGUUCCUGGAAGAAGAAGAAAAGCGCCUGCUGACUCAUGUGGAAGAGGUGGAGAAGGAGAUUGCAGGGAGAAGGGAUGAGCAGCUGGCCAGACUCUCCAGGAAACUCUCCUCUCUUGAGAAGAUCAUCCCGGAGAUGGAGGAAAAGUGUCAGCAGCCAGCAAGUGAACUCCUGCAGGAUGUGAGAAGCACCUUGCAGAGGUAUGAGAAAAGAGAGAGUCCAGAGAAGCCACUUGCUUUCCCUCCAGAACUGAGGAACAGGAUCUUGGAAUCCUGUGAUCUAAAUCACCUUGUGGAAGAUGCAAUGAAACAAUUGCAGGAUGCUCUGUUACACAGAAAACAGAUUCAGAAAGAUGUUCAGUCAUUCAGAAAUCUUCACAGAGCAAAUGUGACUCUGGAUCCAGACACAGCCCAUCCCAUCCUCAUCCUGUCAGAGGAUCAGAAAAGCGUGAGAAGGGGAGACAAAGAGCAAGUCCUGCCCAAUAAUCUUGAGAGAUUCAACAACUGGUCCUGUGUGUUGGGAAGUGAGGGAUUCACAGCAGGCAGACAUUUCUGGGAAGUCAAUGUGGAAAGUGGGGAAGGGUGGGAUGUAGGGGUUGCCAGGAAGACAGUGAGGAGAAAGGGCAGCUUCUCCUUAAACCCUGAGGGAGGGAUCUGGGCUGUGGGGAAGUCUGCAGGCAAGUACUGGGCCUUGACCUUCCCUGACUCUCCUCUGUCCCUGAGUGAGGAUCCCAGGAGGAUCCGGGUGACUCUGGACUAUGAAGGGGGACGUGUGUCUUUUUCUGACGCUGACUCAGGAGCCGAACUCUACACGUUCUCAGGAGCCUCGUUCUCUGGAGAGACCCUCCUCCCUUUCUUUGCUCUGCAGGGAAGUUUGCGGGGAAGGAAAGCCCACCUCAGUAUCUCCUGAGGAGACUAAAUCUGCCUCUCAGGCCCAGCAAGAGUUUAUCUCCAGACAAGAGUGACCGAUAUAAAAAACAUUUACAUGCCAAGACCACGUUGGACAGUUUUUCAAGGGGACCUUUGAGAGGAUUCAUUCCAGUCAAAAUCAGCAGAAAUAACAAAACAAAAUGGGUUGCUCUUACUUUGCAUGUCCCUUUCCCCAGAAUUCCCUCUGCAGCUUACUUCCUAUAGAGACAGUUACACUUUUAUGAGUCCUAAUAAAUUUCCUCACCUUCAAACUUGUUUUCCUUUUGAGAUGUCUGAUUUGGCAGAGCAUGAGACUUAAUCCCAGGGUUGUGGGUUUGAGCCCCACGUUCGGCAAAUGUUUCCUGCACUGCGGGGGGUGGGACUAGGUGACCCUCAGGACCCCUCACAACUCUGCAAUUCUAGGAAACCUUCCUCUCCCCACAAUACCCUAUGCACAUAGCUGCCAAGUUAUCCCUUUUUAAAAGGGAUUUCCCCUUAUGCUGAAUAGGCUUCCUCGCGAGAAAAUGGAAAACUUGGCAGCUAUGCCCUAUGCAGCUAUGAAAACGCAUGCAUCAUUGGAUUAACAGAGGACUAAAAAAUGAACCCCUUCACCCACGUCAGGCAGGAUAGCUCCUUGCUCUGGAAACCUUAGAUAGGAAGAAAAUGUAAAAGAAAGUGCUUGUGCACUUAUGUAUGCCUUGACAGACUUGGUAUGUGUUAAAUCGUCAAGAGUGCCAUUCAGGUACCCAUCAUUUCUUAAGCUGUGGCUAUGCAACUCUGGAAAUUUCGUUUGCAGUCUUGCCCAUUCCAUCACGCCCCUGAAUUUGCCAAAGAACUCCAGCCUUUACAACUUGUCUGCAAAAGUUACUAGUCCUCAUCAGAGGGAGAAAGAAUAACCUGUCCAAGCAGACCUGUGUUAGCCACGCAGUACCAAUGGCCUAGAUUGUGGGGUUUGGGGGGAUAUCUCUUCUAAUUUUACAAAAGCUUCUCUGUCUAUUUACCCCAGGCAAGUAAUUAUUUCUUUAUCCUUCCUUAGUUUACACCCUAUUGAAUCUGCUCACGUACAUUGGACUAUGAACUCUGUCUGGCUCAUAGGGGAUGCUGCAGUCACUCCACCAGGAACCAUUUUCUGGCAUCUAAAAUAUAUUUAUGUGCAAUGCAUGAAUACCUCUAUAGAUUUUCUGCAUCUUUUGGUCGAGUGUGUGUCUGUGUUUUAUUUUAUUUUAGCAGCUGGUCCCUGUAAAGUCCCUUGAUGCCCAUGUUUAAUGGAUAUCCAUGAAUGCUUCUCUCCAGGAGAGAAAAUCUGGACCUUUUCCUUUUCUUGCUUUGAUAACAAUGCUUUAUAUUGCAUUGCCUUCUUAACCAAACCGAUGCCAUCUAGUUUGCACCAAGAGAUUCCGUUCUGAGGCCGUGAAGUUCUGUUUACAAAAGGAGGCCAUUGGUUUGAGGGAAGGGAUCAGCCAUUGCUUCUUCAAGCCUUAAGUCAUUUUCUGUUCGAUUUCCGGCGGGUCGAAUCCAGGCAGAACAAUGGCACGAGAGCUGCCACACACCUGUUGUCCAGCUGAUCUUCCUUGUUGUUGUUUGUUGUUGUUUAGUCGUUUAGUCGUGUCCGACUCUUCGUGACCCCAUGGACCAUAGCACGCCAGGCACUCCUGUCUUGCACUGCCUCCUGCAGUUUGGUCAAACUCAUGUUCGUAGCUUCGAGAACACUGUCCAACCAUCUUGUCCUCUGUCGUCCCCUUCUCCUAGUGCCCUCAAUCCUUACCUUUAUUAUUAAUCCCACUUCGUCGCCCCCAGAACGAAAAAUAUAUGCUUGAUGUUCCUCCAAAUCUGCAUGGUUAAUUAAGCCAUUGAAUUCAUGGGAGGGGAGGGAUUCUCUCAGGAUUGACUAAAUGCCAUGGGGGCUUUGAUGCCACAUGGCCACCUGCCACGGAUGCUUUCACUGAGAUUCCUGCCAAGCAGGAAACACCAUCAAAGCAUUCCUGACAGAUGGCUGUCAAGCCUCCGCUUAAAGACCUCUAAAGAAGGAGACUCCACCACACCCCUUGGCAGCAAAUUCCACUGCCGAACAGCUCUUACUGUCAGAAAGUUCUUCCUAAUGCUUAGGUGGAAUCU